ACUGCAGUUCUGACAGCCCUCGAAACCCGACACGAACCCGGACUUUUCGCUUGAACGUCGCUAAAAACGGGGAAUUCUCCUCCACCGCGUGUGUGUGAACUUGUUUUUCCUUGGUUGUGCCCGGCUUUGAGCGAAUAAAAACGGAGACUCGGGCAGCUUCAGGAUCAGAUUUCAGCUCUGAGGAGAAAACCGUCAACUGUCAGCGCGCGAGCGCAGUUUUUCCCGCCUCUUUCUCUAUAUUUUAUAUUUCAUAUCAGUGAAGAAGCGAGCGGUGGAAGAAAACCAAACACAUAAAACAAAGUAAAUAUACAUAUAAAGGGAUAAAUCAACCAGCUAAGACAUCUAGAAGACAUUACAAAAAGUGAGAGGAUGGAGGAGCAGCCCCGGUUGAUGCACCCACCCGGGGUGGGCUUGGGCUUGGGCUUGGGCUUGGUCGGUCACCCGGGCCUCACUCACCGCCCCGCGGAUUCCGUCCCGGGGAGCGACGGAGACUCCAGAAAGCAGGACAUCGGAGACAUUUUACAACAAAUAAUGACCAUAACGGACCAGAGUCUUGAUGAAGCGCAGGCCAGGAAACAUGCUCUGAACUGUCACCGGAUGAAACCGGCCCUGUUCAACGUGCUGUGUGAAAUUAAAGAGAAGACAGUGUUGAGUAUCCGUGGCGCUCAGGACGAGGAGCCUCCCGACCCUCAGCUCAUGAGACUGGACAACAUGCUCCUGGCGGAGGGCGUGUCCGGCCCGGAGAAAGGAGGAGGAGCUUCGGCGGUGGCCACGGCUGCAGCGGCGGCGGCGGCGGCGGGCGGAACCCCGAACGACAGUUCGGUCGAAAAUUCGGACUACAGAGCCAAACUGUCCCAAAUCCGACAGAUCUACCACACAGAGCUGGAGAAAUACGAACAGGCGUGUAACGAGUUCACCACCCACGUGAUGAACCUUCUGAGGGAACAGUCCCGAACACGCCCCAUCUCCCCCAAAGAGAUCGAGCGCAUGGUCGGCAUCAUCCACCGGAAGUUCAACUCCAUACAGAUGCAGCUCAAACAGAGCACGUGCGAAGCCGUCAUGAUCCUGCGCUCACGCUUCCUGGACGCCAGGCGGAAGAGGCGGAACUUUAACAAGCAGGCGACGGAGAUCCUGAACGAGUAUUUUUACUCUCACCUCAGUAACCCGUACCCCAGCGAGGAGGCCAAAGAGGAGCUGGCCAAGAAGUCCUCCAUCACCGUCUCCCAGGUAUCAAACUGGUUCGGAAACAAAAGGAUCCGAUACAAGAAAAACAUCGGCAAGUUUCAGGAGGAGGCCAACAUGUACGCCGCCAGAACGGCCGUCAACGCCACCAGCGCUUCUGCUCAGGGCAGCCAAGCCAACUCCCCUUCAACACCCAACUCAGGCGGUUCCGCCGCCUCUUUUAACAUGUCGCACUCCGGUGAUCUGUUCAUGAGCGUUCAGUCUCUGAACGGGGACUCGUACCAGGGCGUGCAGGUGGGCGCCAACAUUCAGUCACAGGUGGAUACACUUCGCCAUGUAAUCAGUCAGGCCGGAGGCUACAGUGACGCCCUCGCCGCCACCCAGAUCUACAGUCCACAGGGCAUGAAUGCGAACGGAGGCUGGCAGGACGCACCGACCCCGUCCUCCGUAACCUCACCCACAGAAGGACCCGGAAGUGUUCAAUCUGAUACGUCUAACUAAUAUAAACACCGCCGCCAUCACAGGACUCACCUCUACACUACACCAUCACGCCAUCAUGACUCCUCUCAUCGACCCCGCCCAGCGUUUCUAAUACUGUACACGAAAAUAAACUGUUUGUACAUUUCUCACAGCUGAUAAUUGACCAAACACAUUCACGAUUAUCAUUUUAUUUCAAUUCUUCAUUCUACCUCUCAGAAAAAAGAACAGAACGAUGAGAAUAAGAGCAGAACGUCAUCAUCCGUCUCCGUCGGUACGUUCAUGGUUGAUCUCAUCACGUCUUGCGUAGGAACUCGACUCUUUUUGUCAUGUCAGUGUGAGUUGAAUUUCCUAUCAGACUUCACCUGGAGCUUCCAAACGAAGAGACGUUUUAACCAGGACGAUGUUUUAAUCUCAUUUAGUCACUGUUUCAUCCGAGGAAAUGACAAAACCUUUCAGAAUCACCUUCUCUCUCCCCGUCUGACUGGGGUUCUGGAUGCUGCUAUGAAAUGCACUCGUGUGUGCAUGCCUGUAGGUGGAUUUUUCUUCCAUCCCCAUGCGUCCCCUCAGGAAAAAAGACAUUUUCUGCAUUUAGGAGAAGCUUUUAUCCAAAACUAUCUGAGCAAUUCAGUGUUAAGGGCCUCGCUUAAGGGCCCAGCAGUGGCGACCUGGCAGUGGUGGGGAUUGAACCAGCGACCUUCUGAUUACUAGUCCAGUAUUUUAACCCCUAGACUACAGCUGCCACUUAUUAAAGGGUAAUUGAUGAUGCUCCAUCCUGGAUCUUUUUAGCUACAGAAACAGACGCUCUUCCGAGAAGCUUCUCACUAGACUUUAAAGGAUGUUUGUCUGUGUGUGGGAAUUUGUGCCCAUUCAGUCAGACAGCGUUUGUCCGGCUGGGGCAGUAAAGUGAAACUGAGGUCAGAGCUCCAUGCACAAGGGCCUUCCCUAAACUGUUGCUGCCAAUAGAGGUAGAGAUAAAUUACACUAAACACUACUGCCGGGAUACUGGGUUCGAAUCCCCAGUGGUGCUAUCGGCCGUUCGGCGCCCAC